AGGAGGGAGAAAGGAAACCGGGCAGGUGACACGGCGCGGGAUUGCUGCGGCUCGGCGGGCGCGGAGCGGGCGGCAGGAGCGCGGCGGCCAUGCACGUCAAUGGCAAGGUGGCUCUGGUCACCGGCGGGGCGCAGGGCAUCGGCCGGGCUUUCGUCCAGGCGCUGCUGGGCAAGGGCGCCAAGGUAGCCUUGCUGGACCGCAACUCCGAGGCCGGACAGGAGAGCAAGGCAGCCCUGGACGAGCAGUUUGAAGCGCAGAGGACGCUGUUCAUCCAGUGCGACGUGACGGAGCAGGAGCAGCUGAGAGGUGCUUUCAAAAAAGUAAUUGAACAUUUUGGAAGGCUGGAUAUUGUGGUUAAUAAUGCUGGAGUGAACAAUGAGAAGGACUGGGAAAGCACUAUACAAAUUAACUUGACAUCUGUGAUCAGAGGAACCUACCUUGGCCUAGAAUACAUGAGAAAAGGAAAUGGAGGCGAUGGAGGAGUGAUCAUUAAUAUCUCAUCCUUGGCAGGCUCUUCUACAAGGGCACCUGUGGCAUCACAUUCUGGCCAAGUCAGAAAUCCUCAUCCCCCCCUGCAGCAGAUCCAGUUGUGAGAAACAACCACGAAUUCUUAGGAAAGUUUUAUGCAGUUGGUUUACUUGUUUGAAUAAAUAUUAUUCAAUUAAUUAUAUAUGAAUAUUAUAUUGCAUGAAGUUAUUUUUUUCAGAGACACUUUGGGGAAUGUACUGAUGUCCAAGAUAGGUCAAUAUCCAAAACAGUCUGGGAUUUUUGGCACAAGAGAGGAAAGUGAAGUGGAAUUAGAUUAUGGGGGAGUUUCAAGACAAGAUAGAAUAAAUCCAGGUAGAAAUGGGAGAAAUUCUGAACCCACUUGUUUAUUAAAUUUCAAUAAAUGGUAAAAAGUAUGAAAAUAAUUACUUAAUAGAAACAUCCAAUCUUUUGAAACAAUAUAUACCCAUAAAUGUAUAUCUUUACACUUGGUCUAAGACCAAAUAUACUUUCUGUACCACAACAUGCCAGCUAUCUCUGUCUUUGUCUUGGAUAAUGUAUAACAUGUUUUAAUAGUGUACAUAAAAAAAUCUUCAUCAAAUAAUUUCCACUUCAAACACAGGACUUGGCACUAUAUAAAUAAGUAAGAAACAUAUGUGUAGCACACCAGCACAGAAAAUGGUAGGUCUGAAAAUGUGCAGCAUCCUUCUGAUAGCUAUCAUUACUGUAUAAGCCCAAUAUUCAUACAUAAAUAUUUGAAGAUCUAUUUUUAUUGACUUAGAGCUCUCAAUUCAUUGUGUUUGAAAGGCCCACAUCUCCAUAAGAUGGUCAAUAAAGAUUUGAUGUCAGUUCACAAUUUCUCUGUAUUAUUUAAACAUCCACCUUUAGGGGGUUUUGUGCCCCUUUCCCCUAGAGUAUACUUACAUAAUUUCUCACAGAUUCUUGGGAACUCAUAAAAGUUUUAUAUAUGUAUGUCAAGAUAAAACCCACUUUCAGGUAAGUAAAAGUAAUGCCUGCUCUGAAAAGCAUCAAGAAAGCUAAGCAUUUCUCGACUUUUUUAAGGCCUUGACUUUGCAUGUAUUUAUAUGUGUCUCUCAGAAAAACUCCUAUAUGUUGCUUAUAUUAACGGAAAAAUGAUACACUCAAUAUUUUCAUUGCUAUACUCCUGCACAUUGAACAGUUUUUCAGAAUGCAGAAACCAGAAACCUUCUUUGAAAUGUUUAUUUUUUUAAGUGUUCCUCCUAAAAAUUUACUUUUUUCCUGAUGAGGUUGAUAAAUAUAUCUUGAGCCUUCCAAUUCUCUUAAAUAUGAAAUUACUAUGGCGCCCUUUUAAAAAGAAAUUGUACAGUUUAUUCAGAGUCAGUGAUUAGUGAACAAGACAAUAUCAUCACUGACUUCAGUGGUGCAGUAUCAGGCCUUAUAACAGCAGUCAUUCUUGCCUUUUCUGUGAAUUUUAAAUCAAAAUUAUUUUA